AUGCAACGUCUUGUAAAGGUUGAUGGUAAAGUUCGUACUGAUACCACUUACCCUGCCGGAUUUAUGGAUGUUAUAUCCAUAGAAAAAACUGGUGAAAACUUUCGUCUUAUUUAUGACACUAAGGGUCGAUUUACUAUCCAUAAAAUAUCUAGUGAUGAGGCUACUUAUAAAUUGGCCAAAGUUAGAAGGGUUCAAGUUGGUGCUAAAGGAAUCCCAUUUCUUGUAACUCAUGAUGGCCGUACAAUUCGUUAUCCUGAUCCUCUUAUCAAAGUUAAUGAUACUGUUAGACUUGAUUUGGAAACUGGUAAAAUAAUUGAACAUAUCAAAUUUGAAGUUGGAAACACUGCUAUGAUAACUGGUGGUCGUAACAUGGGACGUGUUGGAAUAGUAACUCAUCGUGAACGACACGUUGGAGGUUUCGACAUUAUUCAUGUUAAGGAUUCCAUGGAUAGGCACUUUGCUACACGAUUAACUAAUGUCUUUAUUAUCGGUGAAGGUAACAAACCUUCUAUUUCAUUACCAAAGGGUAAAGGUGUCAAACUAACUAUCUCUGAAGAACGCGAUAG